CUGCAUACCGGUGACAACAGACACACACUGACAACCCCCCCGGUUGGCCUCAGUUCUGGGGAGUGUGGAGAUCUGGGCAGUCCAAGCACCCAGGUUGACCCCUGAGCUCCGCGCUCGCUCCAAGGAUACCCUCUGAAGGUGAGGCAGCUGGGACGUCCGCGCAGGGUUUAGCAUCGCGCCGGCCCCAUCCUUAAUCGCCAUGUCCCGAUUCAGCACCCUGUCGGCCAGAGAGCGGAAGAUGCAGGCGGCCGCUAUCUGUCGAGAGGUCCAGGGCUCCAACGGAGACACCAUGGAUUUGGGGAAGAAGCUGUGUACCCCGAAAGACAUCAUGCUGGAGGAGCUCUCCCUGUUGUCCAACAGGGGGUCCCGCCUCUUCAAGAUGCGACAGAGGAGGUCGGAUAAAUACACCUUCGAGAGCAUACAGAACGAAGCCAACGUACAGCUGAACAACGACGUCCAAGCUCAGAACAACGGAACGGCGGGCGAGGGGAAUGACGCGGAAGCCAAGACGCCCCCCAACACCCCAGAUCCGAGGAACUCCGCAAACCCGGAAUCCAUCGCCCCAGGCUACGGGGAGCCCUUGAAGGACAUCCCCUCCGAGAAGUUCAACACCACGGCCGUCCCCAAAUCCUACCACUCCCCUUGGGAACAGGCCAUCAUCGAUGAUCCCACCCUGGCUGAAACGCUCAAUGUGAAAAUGCCAGUACCUGAACCCAAGCCAGAGGGCCCUGACUUCAAGAGCUUUAACAGGGUUGCCACUCCGUUCGGAGGUUUCGAUAAAGCCCCCAGGGGGAUAACGUUCAAGCUCCCCGAGGUGGACCUGAACCCCCCCAAAUACCCUGAGCUCCAGGACCCGGCGUCCAAGCGGCCCAGCUUCAACAGGACGGCCCAGGGCUGGAUUUCCGACGGCGUCCCCCUCGUGCUCCCCAGCGUGGGGCUGGAGCCGGUGGACGUCCCGGAGUCAGAUGACCUCUGAGCGGCCACCACCGCCGUCGCCAUCGCCAUCGCCGCCGCCGCCAUCUACGCCGAUGACCUGACAGGGGCGUGAUUGAUUCAAACAGACAGACGGCUCACGCGAAAUGUGUCGCCUCACACCAAAAGCUCCCCCCCUCCCCCUCUUCCUCCC